CUAGGCGGAGUGGAGAGCAUAUUCUUCUUAUGAUUGCCCAACGCUGUAAACGUCCUUUUGGGUGCAAUCAUGGCGACGCUUGACCACCAGACGGAAAGGGCUUUCCAGCACCAACCCACCAUCAACCUUAACAAGAAGGGCCAGAAAGUUGGCAAGGCCCUAAGGUACCAUAGAAAUGUUGGGCUGGGUUUCAAGACACCACGUGAGGCCAUCUCGGGCAUGUACAUUGACAAGAAGUGCCCGUUCACUGGCAACGUGUCGAUCCGGGGCCGCAUCCUAACGGGUGUUGUACAGAAGAUGAAGAUGCAGCGCACCAUCGUGAUCCGGCGAGAGUACCUGCACUACAUCAAAAAAUACAACCGCUUCGAGAAGCGCCACAAGAACAUGAGCGUCCACCUUUCGCCGUGUUUCCGUGACGUGAAGAUCGGGGACGUCGUCACGGUCGGCGAGUGCCGCCCGCUGAGCAAGACUGUGCGCUUCAACGUCCUCAAGGUGGUGAAGAGCGCCGGAUCCAAGAAGUCAUUCGCCAAGUUUUGAAGCCUGAUCGCUGCGUGGAAAUAAAGAAACAAAAAAAAU